AGGAGACACUGACGCCCCUCUCCUCUCCCACUUCUAUGCACCGCCAGAGGAGGAGAGGACCACGUUCCCAGGCGGAGUGUAUGCACCGCAGAGAAAAAGCCUCGCUCCUUUACCUAAGGACAAAGACGAGUGAGAUUUGUCCUUGAUCACCACUGAGAAAGUGUGUGAGUGUUCUUUGAGGUGCUACCUUGGGCUUGGACUACCAGAAGCACCGGAACCACUGUCCGCAGACCCCCCACCCCCCGCCCAGGCACAGGAGGAUGGGUAAUGGGCUUGAGUGUGACUCUGCCCACUUAGCUCGACCCAUCCUCUCAUGGAGCCUGCUGCCACCGCCAACAUCCCGUGGAACGCCUCGAACGCCAGCCACUGGACGUCGCCAUCGGCCCAGCGCAACGGUUCGGAAGUGAACGGUACCCUAUCGCAGUCGCUCGCCCUGGGCGCCAUGCUGCUGGUGGACCUGCUGGCGAUCGUGGGCAACCUGGCCGUCAUGACGGUGAUCGCCUGCACGCCGCAGCUGCGCAAGUUCGUCUUUGUGUUCCACCUCUGCAUGGUGGACCUGCUGGCCGCCCUGGUGCUGAUGCCGCUGGGCAUGCUCUCGUCCACGGACCAGGCCUUCUUCGGCGAGGCCCUGUGCCGCGGCUACCUCUGCCUGAGCGUGGGCCUGAUCUGCGCCACCAUCCUCACCAUCUGCGCCAUCAACGUGGAGCGCUACUACUACAUCGUCUACCCCAUGCGCUACGAGGUGAAGAUGACCGUGGGCCUGGUGGUCACGGUCCUGGUGGCCAUAUGGGUCAAAGCCAUCCUCAUGUCGGCCUUCCCUCUGCUAGGCUGGGCGCUGCAGGGCGCAGGGGGGAGUGGACCCUCCCUGGCUCCGGGGCGGAGGCGCUGUUCCCUGCACUGGACAGGCAGCGGCGGCGGCGGCGGCGGCGGCGGUAGCGGGACAUCCCGCCUGGUGUUCAUGGUCCUUUUCACGCUCAUGUAUUUCCUCUGCCCGGUCCUCAUCAUUCUGGUGGUCUACUGCAACAUGUUCAAGGUGGCCAGGGUGGCGGCCAUGCAGCAGGGCCCCGUGCCCACGUGGAUGGACACGCCACGCCAGCGCUCCGAGUCCCUCAGCAGCCACUCCAGCAUGGUAGGCAGCCUGGCGGGCGCCCGUAUCACCCCUCAGCGGACGUUCAGUGGGGGGAAGGCGGCCAUGGUCCUGGUGGCGGUGGGUGGCCAGUUCCUGGGCUGCUGGCUGCCAUAUUUCGCCUUCCACCUCUACUCGGCGCUGGUGCCCACGUCCUCGGCCACCUUGGCCCAUCUGGAAGAUGUGGUCACCUGGAUCGGCUACUUCUGCUUUGCCUCCAACCCCAUCUUCUACGGCUGCCUCAACCGCCAAAUCCGGGAGGAGCUCUCGAGGCAGCUCGCCUGCCUCUUCACGUGGGGCCGGCCACGCGAGGAGCAGCAGCUGCCCAGCCGCGAGGCUUCCAUCGAGGAGAACUUUCUGCAGUUCCUCCAGGGCACCGGCUGCAAUCUGGAGCCUCGUAACUCCCAGAGCAUAUCUGGGCCACAGAAGGGAGACGAUGCUCUACCCCCUGAGCCCCUACAGACCUCUCCGUGCCUCCAGAGGCCCUCUGUUGACUUAAACAUCCCUGGACAAAUAGUGGAGGAGACAUCUGAGUUCAUGGAGCAACACCACCUGAACAAUGAUCUCAACUUUGCAGAGAACUGCCGCAGGACAAUGCCUGACCUGUAGGAUUGAAACGCACAUUUGUUUCAAUUUGUGUUUUGUUGCUAUUGAUGUCCCCCUCCAUUUUUUUAAAAUAGUUUUUUUCGUUCAUUCAACUUCAUGUGCUUUAAAUUUCAGGGUUUAAAGUGGAACACUUUUUUAAAUAUGAUACAUCAGGUUAAGAUCUGUACAUGUUCCUGUCAGAUAGUAAAAUCCGGAUAACAUUAUGAACCAAGAUGUUCAUGGAGCACAAAAAAAAAUGAUAAUGCCGUUUGUCAUCUUUUGUCUUGCCCUCUGUUUCACAAUUCAAUUCUCUCUGGAUGAGAGAGGCUGACCUGUAACAUGUCCUAAGAAAACUGUGCAACGAAACAAAAUGUAAGCAUGCAUGCAAGUGCUGUUCUCCACCAUUUCACGUUGGCAGUCGAACACGUUUUGAAUUUGGUAUAGGCAAAUACCAAAUAUCACAUUAGAACAGACUGCCACUUUAGACAGCCAAUACAUUUGAUAUAUAAUGCAUCAUGAUAAUUUUGUGGACAUUGGCCAUGUUAUCUUGCACAAUUUGAGUGCCUUUGAGGCCACUGCUCAGCGCAUCUCUCCCCAAAGGACCUUCUGUUGUAUUUUUGAAAACCUGGGGACAAAAUCAAGUUUGGACAGACAAAGGGAUAAAAUAGUCAGGUCACUGGCAAUCAUGUGCCGUAACAGCAGAGCGUGGAGAGAGCUGUCACCGAUUCAGAAGACUGUUUACUCAAUCUCCACCCCCUCAUGUUUCAAGACAGAAAAUGAAUGCAAAUUCUGUCACGUUUUUUUCUCAGGAGUCCAAAACGAUAUUGCUGUGCCUUUUUGACUAUAUCCUAAUUAAAAUGUACAUAGUGUUCACAGGUUUUAUUGAAUGGUUUCAUAGCAGGGGUAUUUAUAGGACCAAGUUAGACAGAGAUGAUUAUUUUUAACUUCCCACUGAUUGUGCUGAAAAUGUAUUCAGUAUAAAAUUGCACAGAGAAACACAUUGACUCAGUCUACCAUGUUUUAGCACAUGGUGUAUCUGUCAACACUGGAAAAACAGCACUGCUGUGGAAACACUGCACUUAGACAUCAACUUGCGAAAUUCAAGAGGGUUUAUCAUCUUGUCGUAUUAAUUACAACACAAAAUGUAAGCACAGCAAAUUAGACAUAUUUUAAAGAAAAUUACAGUCUUGCUGGUUCCUAGCCUGAACAUCUAAAUGCUAACUUCAUAAUACAGUGUUAUGGCCUACAUCACAGAGGACAAAUUCUGAUGAUUAGGACCAACCCACUUUCAAAUGGCUCAUUGUUUACAGGUUAAACCAGAACAAACGUCUCUCCACAGUAUACUUUAAGUACCACUGUGUUUUGCCAUAAGCAGCCGGAGCUUGUUGUGACCACAGAAUACAAUGGAGGCAGUGCUUACAUGUGUUCCUCCUGCUUUUGCCCUUUCUUUAGCUGCGGCCGGAGGACAUCACCAUCUUCUCACCUCAAGGAAAUAAAACACAGAGAUGCUUUGUAAAACUGCUACAUAAACAAAGUCUCACAUUUUCUGGUGUUUUAUCUCUCUGCCUUUCUCUCUCUUUCCCUUUCUAUUAUUCAACCCAGGCGAACUAAAUCACAUGAUGUCAAGCAAGGUAUUUUGGGACAUCUUAGGAUUGGUGUUAAAAGUGUGGUACGGAACUGGGCAAAAAAGGGCUCACGACAUAACGCUCCUAAUUUUCUUGUUUAAUGACUUCAGUACAGGCUGGUGUUUUCAGCUGGAAUCUUGAUUCAGGUGACAAAGGUUCUUUUGCGUCAUAGAAAGGGUUGAUGAAGCUACAUGGAAAUUUGUAUAAAUUGAAUUACAUAUAAACAGAACCAACAUAAUUAUCUCGUUCAAGUGCAACCCUCUGCACUGCUUAGGCAAUGGAGUGCCAAUCCACUAUGGAGAAACCCCUUCAUAUUAUGUGAAUGCCCUGUUGUUUCUAUGACAGAUCACUUACUUUAUUAAGACAACAGGGUGGUAAAAGAUAGCCUACAAUACAUCAUGAGAAAGCCAGAGUUGAUCAUUAUCCAGAAACUCAAACAUGAUUUGUUUGGCCCAUAAAAUCCCUCAUCUCAUAAAUCAGUCCAAACACCCUUCACUUUGUGCAGGUUGCUGUGGGAUCAACUUCUAAUCAAUGUCACAUCUCUGCACCCAAUACGAUCACUGCCAUAUGAAGCUCUACAGCCAUUGCGUCUUGGUUGCUGAACAUGUCAAUCUAGAUGAAGACAGUGGAGAAACAGAUGACCAUCAGGUUUACUAACCAGUAUUUACGUCAGAGCGCCCAUGUGGUCAAGCAUGCACUUCUCUUUUGUGAGAUACUGCAUUCUUUGAGAAUAGUUAUCUUUGUGGGGAUAGUGCCUGAAAGCCAUGCAUCCAUCUGGUGUUCAUGUAUAAUUAUUUAUUUUCUUUUUGUUUCGCUUUGGAUAUAUUGUGUUUUGCAGGAAAAAGUCCUGGUUGGUAUUGUUGCUCUCA